AUGAAAAGAGAGAUGGUGCCUCCAUGGCUAGAGCUACUACUUGCAACACAAUUCUUUACCACUUGUCCAAGCCAUCUUCUUGCCAGUCGUAAUGAAUGUAACCUAUUUUGCAUCCAGUGUGAGGCACCACCAGCUGCUUUCUGCUACUAUUGCCGUUCAAGUGAUCACUCCACCCAUCGUGUAAUCCAGAUAAGGCGAUCAUCCUACCAUGAUGUUGUGAGAGUUUCAGAGAUUGAGGACAUUCUCGAUAUUAGUGAUGUGCAAACAUACAUAAUCAAUAGUGCAAGGGUUGUGUUCUUGAAUGAGCGUCCGCAACAACGUAACUAUGGUGUCUCUAAGACAACUUCAUCAUCAACACAUAACUGUGAGAUAUGUGGCCGUGCUCUACUUGAUGCAUUCCGCUUCUGCUCUCUUGGCUGCAAUGUCAGAGGCAUACAAAAUGACAUGAAUGUGGCAGCUACGGUUGAAAGCGGUCCUCAGUGUUGCGGAGAGGCUGAUGUACGUAAGAGUGAUGAUGGUUCAGGUACUACUAGUGACAAAGAUAGCUGCAAUGAGAACAAUGAAGAAGAAUCACCACCAAAAAAGAUUGCUCGUCACCGACGCAAGGGAAUUCCCCAACGUGCUCCAUUCUUCUAAUGCAAGCUCAUGACUGUAUCCAUUAUAUUUUAAGGCAAUGAGAGAAGAUUUGUCAUGAUGGUUGGAAUGAAUGAAGGAAUGCAUAAAUAAAAUAAAGGACCCAUUCUAUUUAGGGUAGUUUUCUCUGUUUUGCAAUCCUUUCAAAAUUAUAUUACUGUUAGAUGGUUUAUUCUACCCUAUUUCUACAAAAGGUAAUAGAUGAGCUAGGUGGAUCCACAUGGUGAGCGUUGAAUACAUAGGUCCCUAUUUCUCUUAGUGCCACUCAUGAUCAAGGCACUAGAGCAGUUUGAAGAUCAAAUGGGGGUGGGGCA